AUGGAUUACGAAGUUGCCGGCGUUGUUCUAGCCUUGCUACUGUGGGCGGCAUGGGCGGUGGUGACAGAGCGGAGACACCGCCGGCUGGAGGAGCUAGGGCGGCUGCCGCCAGGUCCACGGGCUUGGCCGGUGGUGGGAAACAUGUUACAGCUAGCUGCUGCAGGAAGCGCGUCGGCUCCUCACCGGUCAUUCGCCGAGCUGGCCAAGCAGCACGGCUCCGUGAUGACUCUCCACCUCGGCUCCAUGACCACGGUGGUUGUCUCCUCCAGCGAGGCGGCGCGUGUCAUGUUCAAGAACCACGACGCCGUUUUGGCGGGAAGGAAGAUUUACGAGUCCAUGAAGGGUGACAUCGGCAACGAGGGCUCCCUCAUCACCGCCCAGCACGGCCAUCACUGGCGGACCCUGCGCCGCCUCUGCACGGCCGAGUUCUUCGCCGCCGCCCCCCUCGACGCCAUGCGCGGCGUCCGCGCCAGGUGUGUCGACCAAAUGGUGCAGUACAUAAGAGACGCGUCGUCCGCCGGCGGCGGUGGUAGUGUCGACGUGGGCAAGUUCUUCUUCUUGAUGGCGUUUAACCUGAUCGGAAACCUGAUGUUCUCAAAGGAUCUGCUGGGGCCGGAAUCGGAGAGAGGGGCGAAAUUCUUCUACCACGCCGGAAAGGUGAUGGAGUUCGCCGGAAAGGCGAACGUGGCAGAUUUCUUGCCGGCGCUGAGAUGGCUGGACCCGCAGCGCAUAAGGAGGAGGACCCAGUUUCAUGUUAAACGAGCUUUCGAUGUUGCCGGAGAUUUCUUGAAUGAUAGAAUAAGAGAGAUGGAGAACAGUGGUGAUGACGUGGCAGAAUCCAUCAGUAUUAAGAAGAAAGAUUACUUGGAUGUACUGUUGGAAUACAGGGGUGAUGACGUGGCAGUCCCUUCUAUUUUCUCUUCAACCAUCAUCAACGUCAUCGUCUUUGAGAUGUUCACGGCGGGGACCGACACAACCACCAGCACACUAGAGUGGGCAAUGGCGGAGCUCCUCCGCCGCCCCGAAACCCUCCGCCGAGUCCAGGCUGAGCUGAGAGCCACAAUCCCCGCCGGAAAAAAGCUGGAGGAAGAAAACCUGGAAAAACUCCCAUACCUCAAAGCAGUAAUAAAAGAAACCCUAAGACUGCACCCACCGCUACCAUUCUUAGUCCCCCACAAAGCCAUGGAUACCUGCAAAAUGAUGGGCUACCACAUUCCCAAAGAAACUCAAAUUCUGGUCAACGUUUGGGCGAUCGGGCGAGACCCGAAAACCUGGAAAGAUCCUCUGGAAUUCAGGCCGGAGAGGUUUCUGGACCCGAAUAACACGGCGGAUUACAAGGGCCACCAUUUUGAGUUCAUACCUUUCGGCUCCGGGCGGCGGAUUUGCCCGGCUGUGCCGCUGGCGUCGCGAGUGCUGCCGCUGGCCUUGGGUUCGGUUCUGCACUCGUUUGAUUGGGUGUUGGCCGACGGGAUGAAACCGGCGGAGAUGGAUAUGGGCGAGAGGAUGGGGAUUACACUCAGAAAAGCUGUUCCGUUGAAGGCGGUACCGAUUCCGUACGUUUGUGCCGCCGGUGCUGACUUCAAAAAUGGGUCCGGCUCCAACCGCCGCCGCCUUCCGCCGGGCCCACCAGGCUGGCCGUUGAUCGGAAACAUGUUCGAUCUCGGCGAAGUGCCCCACCAGACGUUACAGAAGCUCACGCCCAAGUACGGCCCAGUUAUCCUGCUAAAACUCGGCGCCAUCAACACCAUGGUGGUGCAAUCAGCUGAAGCUGCGGCGGAGCUCUUCAAGAAAUACGACCUCCCUUACGCCGACCGGAAAGUGCCGGAUUCCCUCACCGCCCUGGACUACCACAAGGGCUCCGUCGCCAUCGGAGCCUACGGCGCCUACUGGAGGAAGUUACGCCGUAUCUGCACCACGGAAUUCCUCGUCCACAAAAGGGUCAACGCUUCGAUGAAGCUGAGGCAGAAGUGCAUAGACGAUUUGGUGGGGUGGAUCAAGGAGGAAUCGGAGAAGGAAUAUUCCGGCGGGGGGAUUCGACUGGACAGGUUUCUGUUCGUCACUUCUUUCAACGCGAUCGGUAAUAUCAUGCUGUCGAAAGACGUGGUCCAGUCGAAGGAGAAGGUGAGCAGCGAGUUCUUUGAUUUGUUCAUCACGUUCUUGGAGUGGAUCGGGAAGCCGAAUAUUGCGGAUUUCGUGCCGUUCUUGAAAUGGGUCGACCCGCAAAGGAUCCGGAGGAACAGUGAGAAGUAUCUGGAGAGAUUGCUGGAGAUUGCUUCUGGGUUUGUGAAUGAAAGGAUCGAAGAGAAGAAAUCUGGGAAAGAGAAGGAAACACAUGAUUUCUUGGAUGCUCUGUUGGAUGAUGAAGGUGAUGACGUGGCUCAAGGACCCGAAAAACUCACUGUCAAGAACAUUAACAUUCUCCUCCUCGAAAUGUUUUUCGGAGGAACCGAAACGACAAGCAGCACAGUGGAGUGGGGAAUGAGUGAGCUUCUUCGCAACCCGGAUACAAUGAAGAAGCUCCAAGAAGAUGUGGAUAGGGUCGUGGGUCGUGACCGUAAAGUGGAAGAGAGUGACCUAAGCGACAUGCCCUAUUUGCAGGCGACUGUGAAGGAAAUCCUGCGUCUGCACCCUGUUUUCCCUUUGCUGCUUCCGAGGAACUGCAUGCAAGAAACAGAGUUCAUGGGCUACAUUGUGCCGAAAGAUACACAGAUAUUUGUGAACGCGUGGGCAAUUCAAAGAGAUCCGGGUUCGUGGGUCGACCCGCUUGCGUUCAAACCGGAGAGAUUCUUGGACUCGGAUGUGGACUAUAAGGGCCAGCAUUACGAGAUGCUCCCAUUUGGGUCGGGUCGAAGAACCUGCAUUGGGCUGGCAUUGGGUCACAGAAUGGUGAGCUUAACACUAGCCACUUUGGUGCACUCUUUUGAUUGGAAACUUGGAGUUGGUAUCAAGCCAGAGUCGGUAGAUAUGACUGAAAAGGUGGGAUUGACUAUGCGCAAGAUGGUGCCUUUGAAAGCAAUUCCCACUCCCAGAGGAUAAUAAUAUUCAGAUGCACAAA